CCGGAGCAGAGGCGUUGGGCUCGUAGCGGAGGCGGAGCAGCAGAGGGGCUCGCGUUAUUGUGGCCGUAGCGGAUAAAAUACCCUGCGACCUCUGGAUUCAAACACACCGCGGUUCCCUCUCAUCUAGGCCGGAGAGGGAGGAGGGAUAUUUGCAGGUUUAUUUUGCGUGCCCGUGUGUGUAUGUGUGCGCGCGCGUAUCCGUGUCCUCUCACACUGCGAGAAGUUUUGAACGCGGACUUGUGGAGAGGAGUUUACGGCCGGACCGACAGAGCUAGCCCAGCUGCGCUUCCCUCCGUCCCGCGGCCGGCCAGCCGUAAGCUCCCCCGCCGCCCCGCGGCGAAGCAUGGCGCUCAAAGCCCGGGCGCUGUACGACUUCAACUCGGAGAACCCCGGGGAGGUGUCGGUGAGGGAAAACGAGGUCCUGACUCUGUACAGCGAGCAGGACAUCGACGGCUGGUUCGAGGGGGUCAACGGCCGAGGGGAGAGGGGACUGUUCCCCGCGUCCUACGUGGAGGUCCUGCGGAACGACGUCGCCUCCGCGCUCAACAACAACAACAGCUGCGGCGGCACAUCUGGGGACACCUACUCGGACUCGAGGUACUCCAACAUCCCACCGGGAGGGUUUGACGGCUCGAGUCAGCCGCAGAAUAAAGUUGAGCACUUCCCCAAGCCGCCCGUGCCCAGUUUCGCCACUUUCUCGGGUCCCACGCAGCAGCAGCAGCAGCAGCAGCACGCGUACCAGCAGCCCAGCCAGGGGAGCGACGAUGACUGGGACGACGAGUGGGACGACAGCUCCACUGUUGCAGACGAGCCGGGCACCGUGGGAGGACGGUACCAGGACUUCGAGAGCAACGGGCCGUCCACCUACUCAAUGUCGAUGUCCUCCGCGUCCAGGGGCAAUGCGCAGCAGGCGAAGAGCUCCGCCACGGUCAGUAGGAACCUGAACCGGUUCUCAACCUUCGUGAAGUCCGGAGGAGAGGCGUUCGUGCUCGGGGAGGCGUCGGGUUUCGUCAAGGACGGGGAUAAGAUCUGCGUGGUGCUGGGCCAGCACGGCCCCAGGUGGCAGGAGAACCCGUACCCAUUCGCGUGCACAAUCGACGACCCCACCAAGCAGACCAAGUUCAAGGGCAUGAAGAGCUACAUCUCCUACAAGCUGACGCCCACGCACACGCAGACCCAGGUGAACCGCAGGUACAAGCAUUUCGACUGGCUGUACGCGCGCCUGGUGGAGAAGUUCCCCGUCAUCUCGGUGCCGCACAUUCCCGAGAAGCAGGCCACCGGGCGCUUCGAGGAGGACUUCAUCUCCAAGCGCAAGAAGGGCCUCACGUGGUGGAUGAACCACAUGACGAGCCACCCGGUGCUGGCCCGGUGCGACGUCUUCCAGCACUUCCUCCGCUGCAACAGCGCCGACGAGAAGGCCUGGAAGCAGGGCAAGAGGAAGGCGGAGAAGGACGAGAUGGUCGGAGCCAACUUCUUCCUCACCAUCAGCACCCCGGCGGCGCCGCUCGACUUCCAGGAGGUGGAGAGCAAGAUCGACGGGUUCAAGAGCUUCACCAAGCGGAUGGACGACUCGGCGCUGCAGCUCAGCGCCACCGCCAACGAGUUCGCCCGCAAGCAGAUCGCCGGCUUCAGGAAGGAGUACCAGAAAGUGGGGCUCUCCUUCAAGGUGCUCGGCCAAGCCUUCGAGAUGGACCAGCAGGCGUACUCCGCCGGACUCAACCAGGCCAUCUCCUUCACCGGAGACGCGUACGAGGCCGUCGGGGAGUACUUCGCCGAGCAGCCCGGCAAGGACCUGGACCCCAUCAUGGACCUGUUAGCGCUCUAUCAAGGACACCUGGCCAACUACCCGGACAUCAUCCACGUGCAGAAAGGAGCGCUGACCAAGGUGAAGGAGAGCCAGAAGCACGUGGAGGAGGGAAAGAUGGACCGCUCACAGGCGGAGGGCAUCGACGAGCGCUGCAACAUCAUCUCCUGCGCCACGCUGGCUGAGAUCCAGCACUUCCACCAGAUCCGCGUGCGCGACUUCAAGGCCCAGAUGCAGCACUACCUGCAGCAGCAGAUCGCCUUCUUCCAGAAGAUCACAGGAAAGCUCGAGGAGGCUCUGCAGAAAUACGACGACGCGUAACGGGGAGCGCUUCAUUUGCCCUCCUUAGUCCUCCGCGCCCAAUGGCCACGCAGGGCCUGCCCCUCGGGCCCCCAGUGGAGGUAAACAACCCCCUCACACAUACUGGUGAACGCCUUUCAACCAACCGAGGGGAGAGACUUUCAAGGGGAUGACGCUGCGGUGACAUUUCAACCAAGUCCCAGCUGUGUGUUGGCCACAUUAUUUUGGGGGGGUCACCGGGGGAUGUUCUGGUGUAAGAAAGGACAUGUAAUUUAAUUGACUGAGAAUCAGCGGUGAGGAUGGUGCACCGCCUGACCGGGCGGAUGUGGAGAAGCCAAUCGACGUUAGGAGCCUCCUGUCUGCCAUUUCAAAAAGCCUUGCAACACUUUUAGCUGACAGCCACUCCAGGAGAAGCGCCGGCACCAGUGGGUUAACACACCGCCUUCUGGGGGAACAGUCGGGCCCUUCCAGGUCUCCCUCAAACAGGGACAAAAUGUUUACAGCCGCCAACGUCACCGCCGUCUCGCUGUGCCUUCACAUUAUGUCACUCAGUCAUUUCUUUCUUCUAGUUACUAAAGAGCUUUACAUACUGUAACUGUAGGAAUAUAUUCUAUAUGUUUAUACACAUUUAACAGGCUCAGAAGAAAUCAAAAAAGACCACUGUGCUUUGAAGGCCUGUGUCUUUCACGGGAGAAAAUACUGCUGUGUUGUGACUGUUAUUUACCCCCCGACACCCUUCUCCUCAUGAACUGGAUCACCUGCUCUCACAAUAGGAGCCUGUGGCCUUAGAUGGUGCGGCCACGUGCAACGGACACAUGCGCUGCCGGAAACCUUCAUUUUGUGUCGACCCCAUAUAUAUAUAUAUAUUUUUUUUUUUUUUGUCUUUUAGGCUGGUGUUUCAGAGGAAGGCUGGUAUGACAAUGCAGUCUUUUAAUAGAACACUUCUAGACAGCACUGCGGUUUCUUGUUUGUUAACCUUUAUCAUGUUGAUUCCAUCAGAAGCAGAGAAAAUAAAUUCCUCCUUCUCACCGAAA